CACUAGAGCAGCGAGCGCUGGGCUUGGGUACCAGAGCCCUGGUCUGGGUACUCCCUCCAGUACCUUUGGGCACAGGAAGACAGCCACGGUAACUGGGUAGAGUGUUUUCCAAGACACGUGUUGCUUCUGGGGCAAGAGUCUCAGCAACUGUUUGUUUUCUGUGUGUGUUUCUUUCUGCGCCUCCUCCCUGCGUCUUUCUGUCUCAGCUGCACCCCCUUCCUCUCUCAGUCUCCCAUUCCUGCCACCUGUUUCUACCACCUCCCGGUCCCCAUCAUUCCCGAUCCGUCCUCUAGGGCCUCAGGGCACUCAGGCGCUCUGCAGGCUACACACCCCCGCUGCCAGGCUUUUGCCAGCUGCCCUCUGAGUGCCUGGUGUGUGACUCUCUCCAAAGCCACGGCUGAGCGUGCACUCUUCUCUGAGCCUCACAUCUUGGGCUCCUGCGAGGCCCUGAGCUGAGGAGCCAGCAGGAUGCCUGGCCUACUGAACCUCUUCACGGGGGCUGCCCUGCCCCUCACUGCAUCUGAUGUCACCUCCUUCGUCAGUGGGUAUGCCCUGGGCCUGACAGCCUCUCUCACCUAUGGCAACUUGGAAGCUCAGCCCUUCCAAGGUCUCUUUGUGUGCCCCCUGGAUGAGCACACCACGGUGGUCGGCUUUGAGGCAGUCAUUGCUGACCGUGUCGUGACUGUACAAAUCAAGGACAAAGCCAAGUUGGACAGUGGCCACAUGGAUGCUCCUCGUGUCCGAUCUGCGACUGUCACAGGGAACAUUCUGCAAGAGGGGGUUCCCAUCAGCCCUCAUUCCUGCACACCGGGAAAGGUGGCCUUGGAUGAGGAUUUGGAGCGGAUUCUAUUCGUGGUCAACCUGGGCACCAUCACCCCCAUGGAGAACGUCACCAUCUUUAUCAGCACCUCCUCGGAGCUCCCAACACUGCCCAGUGGGGCCAUGAAGGUCCUUCUGCCAGCCAUCUGCACCCCAACCGUACCUCAGUUCUGCACCGAGAGCGCUGCUCCCUCCAGCCAACCUGUUCAAAGCAAGGACCCACGCUGCUUCAGCACCCAGGCCAUGGACUCCUGGAGUACGUUGUGCCUGGCCACUCUCCUGGACACAGAGGUGUCUAAUCCCAUGGAGUAUGACUUCAAAUUCCAGCUGGAGAUCCGAGGCCCAUGUCUGCUCGCAGGAGUGGAGAGUCCCACUCACGAAAUCCGUGCAGACGCUGCCCCGUCCGCCCACUCGGCUAAGAGCAUCAUCAUCACCUUGGCCAACAAGCACACCUUCGACCGGCCCGUGGAGAUCCUCAUCCACCCUAGCGAGCCCCACGUGCCUCAUGUCCUAAUGGAGAAGGGUGACAUGACCCUGGGCGAGUUCAUGCAGCACUUGAAGGGAAGAACGGAUUUCAUCAAGGGGACAAGGAAGGACAGCAGUGCCGAGCGGAAGAUAGAAAUCAUCCGGAAGCGCCUUCACAAAGACAUUCUCCACCAUUCAGUCAUCAUGCUUAACUUCUGUCCUGACCUCCAGUCCGCACAGCCAAACCUGAGGAAGACCCACGGGGAGUUCAUCUUUCUUGUGGACAGAAGCAACAGUAUGAGUGGAACGAACAUCCACCGAGUCAAGGAUGCCAUGCUGGUGGCUCUUAAGAGCCUCAUGCCAGCCUGCCUCUUCAACGUCAUUGGCUUUGGAUCUACAUUUAAGGCCCUCUUUGCUUCCAGCCGGACCUACAAUGAGGAUAACAUCCGGACCAUGCGGGCUGACAUGGGCAGCACCAACAUCCUCUCCCCUCUCAAGUGGGCCAUCCGGCAGCCGGUGCACGAGGGCCAUCCCAGGUUCCUCUUCCUCAUCACGGGUGGUGCUGUGAGCAACACCGGGAAGGUGCUAGAGCUGGUGCGGAACCAUGCCUUCUCCACCAGGUGCUACAGUUUUGGAAUAGGACCCAAUGUCUGCCACCGACUCGUGCAAAGGUUGGCAUCUGUGUCCAAGGGCAACGCAGAGUUCCUGGUGGAGGGGGAACGGCUGCAACCCAAGAUGGUCAAAUCCUUGAAGAAGGCCAUGGCCCCAGUCCUGAGCGAUGUGACUGUGGAGUGGGUCUUCCCUGAGACCACUGAGGUCCUGGCUUCGCCGGCCAACACCAGCUCCCUUCUCCCUGGAGAACGACUGGUGGGAUACAGCAUCGUGUGUGAUGCCUCCGCGUACAUUUCUAAUUCCAGACCUGACAAGAGGCAAAGGUACAGCACGCUGCAUUCUCAAGAGUCCGCCAGCUCUGUCUUCUACCACUCUCAGGAUGAGGGACUUGGCCCAGACAGUGGGGACUGUGCCAAGAGCUUUGGGGCACCCUUCAACCUGGGGCAAGCCAGAGAUGGUCGGCCAUGCAGUGGAGACUCUACCACCAAUCACGGUCCGGAUCUCUCCCAGCGAAGGAGGGCAUACAGUACCAACCAGAUCUCCAACCACAAGCCCUGCCCAAGGGCCACCACAGCCAGCGACCCCACGGGCUCGGAUAGGAGAUACCCACUGCGAAAAGCCAAGCUGCAGAACCUCACCAAUCAGAGCAGCCCGGAGGGCCAGCGGUGGCAGAUUGACUUGCAGCCCUUGCUGAAUACUGGCCAGGACCUGAGCCAGGGUCCCAAACUCCGCGGCCCGGGGGCCCGCAGACCCUCUCUGCUGCCCCAAGGCUGCCAGCUGUCACUGAUGGGUGCCCAGGAGCCCCAGGCCUGGAGCCCCAUGAAGGAGCUGGAUCCCGGAUCCAGCCUGAAGCCUGCCCGGGACAGCUGCAGCCCUGGAGACCUAGAACCAUCCCAUCACCCCUCCGCCUUUGAGACCGAGACAUCCUCGGACUGGGAGCCCAUGGCAGAAUCAGAGGAGCAGGCCAGUCCCAACAGGCCCACCACUCCAGGGCCUGUGCUGGGCAAGGCUUUAGUCACAGGCCUCCAGGACAACCAGCGCCUGCAGUGGGAAGUGAGCUUCGAGCUGGGACCCCCAGGUCCAGCGUCGGACAGUGCGGGCUGCGCUGACCUGUGGAGUGAGACCUUCCAUCACCUGGCGGCCCGGGCCGUCAUCCGUGACUUGGAGCAGCUGGCGGAGCGCGAGUCAGAGAUAGAGCAAGGGUCCAAUCGCAGAUACCAGGUGAAUGCUGUGCACACCAGCAAGGCUUGCAAUGUCAUUAGCAAGUACACAGCCUUCUUACCCGUGGACGUGAGCAAGAGCCAAUAUCUGCCCAUGGUGGUGGAGUACCCCAACUCUGGCGUUGCACUGAGGAAGGCCAGCUCCCAUGUCCCGACCCGGCAGUGGAAGGGGACCUCUACUGGCUUUGGACAUUCCCAGACAAUUCUCGGAGAAGAUUCCUCAGCCAUGGGAGAUGGCAAAUUCCAGACCCUAAGCCUGGAGGACAGCCCCGUUUUGCCCUUUGAUGAAAUUUUGUCCCCUGGCCGUGAAAGGCACCUUGCUGCUUCAGAAGGUCCCCCACAUAGCCUGCCCACAAGUGCCCUGUCCUGCAUGAAGGCCUCAGAGACUUUCUUUGGAUCCAGGUUGAAUCUCAACAAGUCCAGGCUGCUGACCCAAGCUGCCAGGGGCUUCCUGAGCAAGUCACUGGCCAAGUCUCCAGAGUCAACCUCGGGCAGCCAGAGCUUUGACUACAUGCCGCUGGUGUCACUGCAACUGGCCUCUGGAGCCUUUCUGCUCAGCCAAGCCUUCUGUGAGGCCACUCACAUCCCCAUGGAGAAGCUCAAGUGGACCUCGCCCUUCACCUGCCACCGAGCCUCCCUCACCAGCCGCCAGCCUGAUUCUAAGACCCCGAGUCCUGAGCUAUGCAUCAGCCCCUCCUGUGACAGCGUCUCCCUGGAGUCACCAGCACAGGCUAGGCCAUGCCUGGAGCCCAGGGCACUGAUGGAACACACGGGGAAGCUGUGGGCCACCGUGGUAGCCCUGGCCUGGCUGGAGCACAGCUCGGCCUCCUACUUCAUUGAAUGGGAGCUGGUGGCCGCCAAGGCCAGCUCGUGGCUGGAGCAGCAGGAGGUGCCCGAAGGCCACACGCAGGGUGUGCUCAAGGCCGCCGCCCGCCAGCUGUUCGUGCUGCUGCGACACUGGGAUGAGAACCUGGAGUUCAACAUGCUCUGUUACAAUCCCAAUGAUGUGUAGAGGGACAGGGAGAGGGCUAGGCCAUUGCAGCUGGUGGGGAAACCUUUUAAAGCUGCAGCCAAAAAAAAAAAAAAAAAAAAA